CGCUUCAUACUUACAUACAACGAAACGAAAACAUUUAUUAUUGAAAAUUGGUUUACAUCGCUUCAGUGAUCUCUCAAUCAGUUACUAAGAUUUAAAGGACCAAACCUAGAAAUAUCGCAUUCCUGGCAAUGUUUUAACGACCAAUCCAUGGAUUAUCUCAUGCUUAUUGCUAGUAACUUCUAUGUAUGAAUGAUAAACCUCUAUGAGUUUUCUAUGUAAAUAUUAUUGUCUUUUAAAUUUGCACUAAUCACUUAAAAUCUUAAAAAUAAAUGUUCUGUUAACCUGAAUUAUACGUUUUACAAAUAACUUCGUAAUUAUCACGAUGGAUGUCAGUAAUUUAUGAUCUGAUGAAGAUUUGAUAAGAUUGUUUACAAGUUCUGGCGGGAAAAUGUCUCAGCGUAGCAUCACAUCUUUUUUCUCACGAUCUUCAGCAUCACAAGUUAAAAAGACUGAUGAAAGUGAUGAAUCAACAUUGGGUGAAAAUGGUCCGACUCUUGCUAGAAUUGGAGAUUCCCCAAUUAGAAAGUAUUCAGGAAAACGGAAGCGACCUCAGAAAAUAUUAAGUGACAGUGAAGAUGAAAGCGAAACCAAAAGUAAAGAAGAUCCCAAACCAGAAAAUAAUGGCAAUGAUGCUUUGGAAGACAAGGAAAAUGAAAAAAAUAAUGAAAGCGAAGAAUCAAAUUCUACUUCUGAAAAAGAUUUCACUCCUCCUUCACCUAAAAAGAAAAAGUCAUCUGAAAUUGAAACAAAUAAAGACUCAAAAGAUAAUGAAAUUGAAACAAAUGGAAAAGAAAAACCAAAAAUCACUUCUCCUUCUCUUAAAAAGAAAAAAUCAUCAAAUGCUAAGUCAAAAAAAUCCUUAAAAAAUAAUAAGACUGACACUAAUGGAAAAGAAGAAUCUAAAAUUACUUCUCCUUCUCCUAAAAAGAAAAAAUCACCUGAUAUUAAAUCAGCAGAUAAAACGUCGAAAGAUAAGAAGGCAAACAUAAAUGAAGAAGAAAAAUCUGAAAGCAUUAAGGAAGAAUCUAAAAGCACUGAUGAAAAGGAUGCUGAAAAUAGUAAUAAGAAAAAUAUUAAAAAUAUUUUUGGCGGGUUUAGUAAUCAGACAAAGACUGCAUCAGAAAAGAACAUUGCUGCGUUUGAUCCAUCUAAAAGUAAUUACCACCCUAUCGAUGAUGCUUGCUGGGAACAUGGUAAAACGGUACCUUAUUCAGCUUUAGCUAGAACCUUUGAGAAAAUUGAAGAAAUAUCUGCAAGAUUAAAAAUAGUAGAAAUCCUCAGUAACUAUUUCCGAUCAGUUAUUGUCCUCAGCCCUGAUGACCUGCUGCCUUCUGUCUAUUUAUGUUUAAAUCGAAUCGCUCCCGCCUUUGAAGGAAUUGAACUUGGUGUUGCGGAGACUAACUUAAUGAAGGCUAUUGCUCAAGCAACCGGUAGGAGUAUGGCACAAAUCAAAUCAGAUGUUGCUUCACUUGGAGAUUUGGGAUUAGUCGCUGAACAAAGUAAAUCCAGUCAAAGAACGAUGUUUACUCCAGCACCACUCACAGUUCAGAGCGUUUUUAAUAAAUUGAAAGACAUAGCACUCAUGACCGGAAAUGCUUCUCAGGGAAAGAAAGUCGACAAAAUUCAUUCUAUGCUGGUAGCUUGUAAAGGGACAGAAGUGAGGUAUCUAAUCAGGUCGCUAGCUGGAAAAUUGAGGAUCGGUCUCGCUGAGCAGUCCGUUUUGCAGGCCCUGGCACAAGCAUACAUGAUGACUCCUCCUUCUGAAAAAUAUCCACCUGAAGUUAUUAAUUCUACUAAAGGAUUGUCGACAGAAAAAUUCAAAGCCAAACUGGAUGAAUAUUCCUUAGUUUUAAAAACUACUUAUUGUGAAUGCCCAAAUUAUAAUUUAAUUAUUCCUGUUUUAUUGAAAGAAGGAUUAUUAGCCUUGCCAGAACAUUGUAAAUUAACUCCUGGAGUACCUCUGAAGCCUAUGCUUGCGCAUCCGACGAAAGGUGUUCAGGAAGUACUGAAAAGAUUUGAAGGCUUAAAAUUCACUUGUGAAUGGAAAUAUGAUGGUGAAAGAGCACAAAUACAUUUAUCAGAAGAUGGAAAAAUUUCAAUUUACAGUAGGAAUCAAGAGAAUAAUACGUCAAAAUAUCCUGACAUAGUUUCAAGAUUAAAAUCUGCUUUAAAAGACACAGUGAAAUCGUGCAUCAUUGACACAGAAGCUGUCGCAUGGGAUCUAGAAACUCAUAAAAUCAGGCCAUUCCAAAUAUUGACCACAAGAAAAAGGAAGGAUGCUAAUGAAUCAGAAAUCAAAGUUCAGGUGUGCGUGUUCAUGUUUGAUUUAUUAUAUCUAAAUGGUGAAUCACUUGUUAAAGAAACACUUCUUAAAAGAAGGGAACUACUAAGGGAAAACUUUGUUGAAGUUGAGGGUCAGUGGGCAUUUGCCACGAGUCUUGAUACGAGUGCGAUGGAAGAAGUACAAGAGUUCUUAGAAGAAUCUGUUAAAGGUAACUGUGAAGGCUUGAUGGUGAAAACCUUGGAAGAAGAUGCUACUUACGAAAUAGCUAAGCGAUCAAGAAAUUGGUUAAAACUCAAAAAAGAUUACAUCGAUGGUGUCGGUGAUAGCAUCGAUGUUGUUGUGAUAGGUGGAUACUUAGGGAGAGGUAAAAGAACGGGUCAUUAUGGAGGCUUUUUGUUGGCUUGUUACGAUCCUGAAAAUGAGGAAUACCAAUCUCUAUGUAAGAUUGGAACAGGCUUUAGUGACGAAGAUUUACAAAAACAUUCUGAAUUUUUUAAAAGUCACGUCAUUGAAUCAGCUAAAUCCUAUUACCGCUAUGAGGGCUCACUUGAACCAGACCACUGGUUCGAUGCAGUACAGGUAUGGGAAAUAAAAUGUGCUGAUUUGUCCCUGUCUCCGGUCCAUCGAGCUGCCAUCGGUAUUGUUGACCCAGAAAAGGGAAUCUCAUUAAGAUUUCCAAGGUUUUUAAGAAUACGAGAAGAUAAACCUGUGGAACAAGCAACUUCAGCACAGCAGAUUGCUGACAUGUAUCAUAAUCAAGAUAUAAUUAAAAAUCAGCAAAAUGAAAAUAAAAAGAUAUCAGAAGAAGACUUUUACUGAUAACUUUAUUUCGUAUUUGUAAAUAUAAUUGUAAAAAACAAAUUUUAUAAACUUCUCUUAUUGCUGACAUUUGUCAGAAUGUAUAAAUAUUUAAUGUUAUUAUAUCUUAAAUACAGACCGUUGUUAAAUAUUUAAUAUUUCAUGGAAUAAAACUAUGUUAAAG